CAGCGCCGCGCUCGCCGCGGGGGUUCGCACUGGCAUCGUGGAGCCGCUGGACUGGUGGAAGACGCUGUCCGCGCACAAGUUCAUGAUGGCCCCCGCAGGCUGCGGCGUGCAGGCCCCGAAGCAGCUGGAGGCGCUGAUGGUGCUGACCAUCCCCAUCCACCACCGCGCCUUCCCCGCCUGGGACGACCUGAAGUCUUACGGAUUCCCGAUCGUGGUGGUCAGCGACUGGCAGGAGGUCACGGCGAAGUCCACCGCCCGCUGGUGGGAGGAGCUCUCGCCCCGCCUCGUGAGCUUCCGGAAGAACUGCCUCACGACGGAGGGCUAUUGGAAGCUGUUCACUGGGCAGGUCGAGUACUGCGAGUGAGCGCGGGCGUGGCAGGCUCUGAGCCCUGCCCCGGCCGAUCCUCCGGGGCCUCUCCGCGGCGGGGGCGGAGCCGCAAGAGCCCCUCUGCGGUUGCACCGCAGGGGCUCGAGCGCGGCGGGGCACGACGGGCUCGUCUUCGCAAGCCUUGGCUCCCUCCUCCUCUUUGGUCUGGCAGUGGUUUCCUGUUCCUCCCCUGUCCUGGCCUGAAUUGUUGUAAGGGCGAUGGCUUUCCCCCGCUGCCAUCGGUGACUCUUGCGUCAUGCCUAGGCGGUCUUGCCUAUCGCCUGGGCGGCGUUCCCGGCUGUAAAAGGAGUCUUUGCAAAC